AUGAUUAAUAGUAACCCUAAUAAAAGUAUUCAGCCAAUUAAAGAAAACUCAAAAAAAAGCAUUGAUGAGCCUUAUAUGAGUAUGGAUGAUAUUGAUAACGGUGAAUAUGAAACUAUUUCAGUUGAUGAGAAUUUAGAAAAUAAAAUUCCUUAUAAUGCUAAAGGAAAAAUAAAAUGGUGGAGUAGACGGAAGAUUAACUCUGAGACACUUCCCUAUGGAGAUGGCAGGACUCGUCCCAAUGAAGCUAAAAAUAGUGCCUCUGUCACUUUUUGAAGUAGGCCUUUUGGUUUGGGAUUCCUGUCGAGCAGGGAAGUUUUGAUUUUCUCCCUAAGGUUGUCCCUGCCAGAUGGUCUUGACAGGUUUUCAUUUAGUCUUUCAUAGGGCAACCAUAAGAGGAGGCUCUUACCUAGGGAGCUAAUCUUUAGGCUAGAUAGUUUCGCCAGGUAGGCAGGCUCGUGGUCUAUCCGCUUAUGGUUUUAUAAUUUUAACCUAACUCAUAAUGUCAAAAACGUUAGAACUCCAGAAGUCAGGCCAGAAGAGCUCACAAAAAAGCAAAAUAUAAAAUUAAGCACUGGAUAUUCCAAAAAAUUUCAGGAAAAUGAAUAUACAAUUCCAAAAUCAAACGACUAUUAUAACCCUAAAAGUGGCAAGUAUUAUGAACUAGGAGGAUUAGGACCUCUAACUGUAGGCACUGAAGAAUGAAAUAGAAGGAAAGAAAUGCAAGACAGAAGAAAUCUCUAUGCGAAGCAUGUAAAUACAGCAAAUGCUAAUAGUCUGCCCCCUGCAAAACCAAAAAAAGUUGUAGAAAAAGAGAAAAGUUCUCGAGAAAAAGCUAUUGAAUUUGCAAAAAACGUUCCGAAGCCUAUUCCCAAACCUAAGGUAGUUGCUAAGGAGGAAACAAAAGAAUAUUCACCUAUAAAGCCAUCAAGCUUGCUGAUAGAACAAUUGGAAAAACAUGAGCUCUACAAAGCGAAAAUUCAGGAAAUCAAAGCUCAAUUCUAUAUGUAA